UGCCCCCCUCCCCCCCUUGCGGGGACACGUGAAACGUCCCCCUGGCGGUUGGACCUUCUUGGGUCCGAGGCUGAGGCCGCCAGCAGAGAGGAAGAGAGAGGGGGGCCUUGCGCCCCGCUCGAGGGGACUGCUCGCGGGGACAUCCAACUGUUCGGACGUGUGGCCCGGCCCUCCCUGACGGCCCACCUCCGAGCCGCUCUCAGGGAGGCACGACAAGGGUGGAGGAAGCUGUGCUUCGGAGACUGCGGGCUUGGGUGGCCAUUACACCGGCUGUAACCUGCACAUGGAGCUCUCCACCCGUCACACGACAGGCGACAUGCCCCAAGUGUCCCCUAGACGCGACGGAAGCGGAUGUGCAUCACCUUAUAUGGACUUGUCCUGGUCUACAGACUGAGCGCACUCGCCUACUUAUAGCUGCAGAGUGCAGUGCAGAAGAGUGCAAGCAGGCAUGGCAGGCCAUACAAACCAGGUAUGGUCGAGAGUCCAGGAAUUGCACAAGCCUAAGCGGAGCUGGCCGGGACAAGAUUCGGCAGUCAAGCUGGACACUGUGGAGCUUUCUCAGCUUCCUCAGGCACCAGAUCCAUCCCAGAAGGUGCAACCAAGCCAACUGAUGACCAAGAUCCUCUGCAUAACCUUGAAAAAGGUUAGAGCUGCAUCCCUCACAAGGCAGUCGGAGCAACUGAGUGAGGACCCACCUUCGCCCUUCCAGGACUCAGCUGUUUCCUUGGCUGCACAGCGUGGACUAGAGACAGAGAGUACACAUUCACCAAGCCCAACCCCUGCAGAUAUGAAGGAAGUGACCGAGUUGCCUGCUGCGCCUCAACCUGCUGGUGUUCAGCCAGUAAAGCGAAAGACGUCCAUGGAUAGUGGAAACACACCAAUAGAGCAGGUCCUGAGGGCAGCCGCUGCUAACCCGAGGUUCUCAGACUGCCCUCCAGAGCACACGGACAAGAUAGCAGAGUCCCCGGCACAAAACCGUUCGUUCAUGCAGCGAAUGAUGUGA